AUGACCCUCGCCACUAGGGUUGUCGCAGUGGAUGGACGCAGAGCGGAGCAGAUCGAUCCACGGUUCAAAGAUCGUCGAUCAAGGGUUAUUCUGCGCAUUCGUGCAAGAAGGCAUGAGUUCUCUGCUAAAACAUAUCGCCUUCACAUCAAUGUGGUCGUUUCUCUGGUCAUGUAUUGUGUCAUACUUUUCGUUCAGCUCGGCCUACCCGUUAUGCUAUUUGUCAUCACGCUGUCAUGGAUGACUGCAAUGUGA